AUGCCUGUUGUUAAUGUCGACCAGCUAGUCCGCCUGCAGCGGAAGCCCGAGGACAUAAGAAAUAUUUGCAUUUUGGCCCACGUCGAUCAUGGAAAGACGUCGUUGACAGAUAGUCUUAUAGCCACCAAUGGCAUCAUUUCACCCAAGCUAGCGGGCAAGAUCCGCUACCUGGACUCUCGUCCAGAUGAGCAGCUGCGAGGCAUCACAAUGGAGUCUUCAGCGAUUUCAUUGUUCUUCUCAAUGCUCCGCCGCCCAGCGCCAGACGCAGCCCCAGUGCCUAAAGAAUAUCUGAUCAACUUGAUCGAUUCACCAGGACAUAUCGAUUUCAGCAGUGAAGUAUCCACGGCAUCUCGUCUUUGUGACGGCGCUGUUGUUCUCGUUGAUGCAGUCGAGGGUGUGUGCAGUCAGACUGUGACUGUGUUGCGCCAGACUUGGGUUGAGCAGCUGAAGCCAAUCCUGGUUAUCAACAAAAUGGAUCGUCUGAUCACAGAAUUGAAGAUGAGCCCUGCAGAGGCAUUCUCCCACCUCAGUCGACUGCUUGAGCAGGUCAAUGCCGUUAUUGGUAGCUUCUACCAAGGCGAGCGUAUGGAAGACGAUUUACAGUGGCGUGAGCGCAUGGAAGAUCGCAUCAAUAGCUCUGCCACACGCGAUCAAGACCGCAGAAAGCAAUCUGCGGAUGAAGAUGCUGCUCAAAGCAUUACGGAGGCGACCGAAUUUGAGGAGCGCGACGAUGAGGAUCUAUAUUUUGCUCCCGAGAAGAACAACGUUAUCUUUGGUAGUGCCGUUGAUGGCUGGGCUUUCACCAUUAGGCAAUUUGCUGCCAUCUAUGAGAAGAAGCUUGGUAUCAAGCGAACUGUUUUGGAAAAGGUUCUCUGGGGCGAGUAUUACUUGGAUCCCAAAACUAAGCGUGUUUUGGGUCAAAAGCACUUGAAGGGUCGAGCAUUAAAGCCCAUGUUUGUUCAGUUGGUGCUUGAUAGUAUCUGGGCAGCAUACGCAGCCACCACAGGCGGAGACAAGGGCAAAGGAGACCCAGUCCUUCUGGAAAAGAUCACCAAAUCUUUGAACGUCAACAUCCCGCCAUAUAUUUUGCGUUCUCGUGACCCCAAGAAUAUCAUGACCACACUGUUCUCCCAGUGGUUGCCUCUAUCCACUGCUUUGCUUGUGUCUGUUAUUGAAUACCUCCCAAGUCCUCCAGCCGCACAGGCUGCCCGACUGCCAGAAAUGAUCAAAACAUCACCUGGCUCAGAGUUCAUCAGCGAUGAUAUCAAGAAAGCCAUGAUUGAUUUCAAGACAGGCCCGGAGGAGCCUGUCGUAGCCUACGUCAGCAAAAUGGUCGCAAUCCCCGAGAGUGAGCUUGUGUCAAGCAAGAAGCGAUCCGGCGGCACUAUGACUGCAGACGAAGCCAUUGAAAUUGCCCGUCGCAAGCGCGAGGAGAUUGCAAAGAUGCAGGCUGAGGCUAAGCAGAACCAAAUCGAUGAAUUUGAGCGCAUGAAUACAGUCUUCCAGAAUACUACUUUGAUCACCGAGACCACUGAUGAGCCUGCGGAAUCAGAGGAGAAGGAAGAUCCAGAUCAUCUUAUUGGAUUCGCUCGUCUCUACUCAGGAACCAUCUCGGUUGGCGACGAAAUCUACGUUCUGCCUCCCAAGUUCUCGCCAGCCCACCCGCAUGCAAGCCCCGAGCCCAAGAAGGUGACUGUCACUGAUCUGUACCUGCUCAUGGGUCGAGCCCUCGAGCCCCUGCAGUCUGUGCCAGCUGGUGUCGUCUUCGGUAUCGGUGGUCUUGCCGGCUAUGUGCUGAAGACUGGCACGCUAUGCAGCCGCCUGGAUGGAAGCAUCAACCUGGCUGGAGUGUCGCUCAACACCCCGCCCAUUGUUCGCGUUGCACUGGAGCCCGUCAAUCCAGCUGAUCUGGGUAAGAUGGUUACUGGUCUGCGUCUGCUUGAACAGAGUGAUCCUUGUGCCCUGUACGAACAGCUCCCUAGUGGUGAACACGUUAUUUUGACUGCAGGCGAACUGCACCUGGAGCGUUGCGUGACAGAUCUCCGAGAGCGGUUCGCCCGCUGUGAAAUUCAAACUGGCGAGGCUAUCGUCCCUUACCGAGAGACUAUUGUCCAUGGCCCUGAAAUGGCCGCACCUAAGAACCCCGAGCUUGGCCGCGGAGGUGUUUUGUCAGUCUCUGCUUCCAAGCAGAUGACGCUCCGCCUGCGCGUGGUUCCUUUGCCAGAAGCCGUCACAGAAUACUUGACCAAGCACAUUGGAACCGUCAAGCAACUCCAGCUGGAGAAGCGUUCUGAAGCUGAAGGUAAGACCGAUACCGAGGCUGCAGCUGAAGCGCAAGAGUCAGCUGUCGUUGACGGUACUGGCGAGUCUCCCGAGGGCACUAUCCUCUCCAAGCAAAUGUUCCGCGAGGGACUGGAGAAGGUAUUCAACGACGAAGUCACAGAAGACAAAGAGCUAUGGAAGAAUGUCGUCGACCGAAUCACAGCAUUUGGACCUCGCCGAGUCGGCCCUAACAUCCUAGUUGACGCAACCACAGUCAACACCUGUGAGAAAUUCCUGGUCGAUGACCCCAAGCAACAGAUUGCCGGCGACAACCAACAAGCUCUCCUAGUCCGCGACUUCAACGACAAGAUCGCCUACGCCUUCCAACUGGCAACCGGCCAAGGUCCCCUAUGCCAGGAACCAAUGCAAGGCGCCGCCGUCUUCCUAGAGGACCUAUCCAUCCAAACAAACACCAACGACGAACUAGACAUGGGCCGUCUAACCGGCGAAGCAAUUCGACUCGUCCGCGAAGGCAUCUCCGCCGGAUUCCUAGACUGGAGUCCACGCAUCAUGCUGGCAAUGUACAGCUGUGAGAUCCAAGCAACCACCGAAGUCCUAGGCCGCGUCUAUGGCGUAAUUACCCGCCGCAGAGGCCGAAUCCAGUCCGAGAUAAUGAAAGAAGGAACACCCUUCUUCACGAUCCUGGCGCUCCUCCCUGUCGCGGAAUCCUUUGGGUUCGCGGAAGAAAUCCGCAAACGGACUUCCGGUGCUGCGCAGCCGCAGCUUAUCUUUGCUGGCUUUGAAGCGCUUGAUGAGGAUCCCUUCUGGGUUCCUGCUACUGAGGAGGAACUUGAGGAUCUGGGUGAACUUGCGGAUAAGGAGAAUGUUGCUAAGAGGUAUAUGGAUGCUGUGAGGAGUCGAAAGGGUCUUGUUGUGCAGGGCAGAAAGCUCAUUGAUGCCGAGAAGCAGAAGACUCUGAAAAAAUAG